CACUCUUUCACUCAACAAACUCACACCUACUCUACUCUCUCUCUCUCUCUUCUAUCCUCGUCUCUCUUUCUAAUUUUUCAGUUAAGUGAUUGAGGAUUUAUAAGAAGAAUGGCAUCUAUCACUCCCUUGUCUUCGUUUUCUUCAAUAUCUUCGAGCCGAAUUGGGCAGAGAAAUCAGAAUGUAGUUCUGCAGAAGAGAAGUUCGCUCAAGGUUAAAGCGAUGGCCAAAGAGUUGUAUCUUAACAAGGAUGGGUCUGCCGUUAAGAAGCUGCAGGCUGGUGUUAACAAGCUUGCGGAUUUAGUUGGAGUGACUCUUGGUCCAAAAGGGCGUAAUGUAGUGCUUGAGAGCAAGUACGGUUCUCCCAAAAUUGUAAAUGACGGUGUAACCGUGGCUAAAGAGGUUGAAUUGGAAGAUCCUGUUGAGAACAUUGGUGCCAAGUUGGUGAGACAAGCGGCUUCAAAGACAAAUGAUUUGGCCGGUGAUGGGACUACAACUUCUGUUGUUCUAGCACAAGGCUUGAUUAACGAGGGUGUUAAGGUGGUAGCUGCUGGUGCUAACCCGAUUCAGAUAACAAGAGGUAUUGAAAAAACUACCAAAGCACUGGUUGAAGAGCUUAAACGAAUGUCAAAAGAUGUUGAAGACAGUGAGCUAGCAGAUGUGGCAGCAGUAAGUGCAGGGAACAACAUUGAAGUGGGAAGUAUGAUUGCUGAAGCAAUGAGCAAAGUCGGAAGGCAAGGUGUGGUGACUCUUGAAGAAGGAAAAAGCGCUGAAAACUACAUGUAUGUUGUGGAAGGCAUGCAGUUUGACCGUGGUUACAUUUCUCCAUAUUUCGUUACCGACAGUGAGAAAAUGACCGUUGAGUAUGAAAACUGCAAGUUGCUUUUGGUUGAUAAGAAGAUAACAAAUGCAAGAGAUUUAGUUAGUGUUUUGGAAGAUGCCAUUAAGGGAGGGUACCCGAUAUUGAUUAUAGCAGAGGACAUUGAGCAGGAAGCUCUUGCUACCCUUGUAGUGAACAAGCUUCGAGGAUCACUAAAGAUCGCUGCACUUAAAGCACCUGGAUUUGGUGAACGCAAGAGUCAAUAUCUUGAUGAUAUCGCUGUUCUUACUGGAGGGACCGUCAUCAGAGAGGAGAUCGGGUUAAACCUUGAGACUGCCGGGAGUGAGGUUUUAGGACUUGCUGCUAAGGUGGUCUUGACCAAGGAUACAACAACUAUUGUUGGUGACGGCACCACCCAGGAGUUGGUCAAUAAACGAGUUGUCCAGAUUAGAAACCUUGUUGAGGCAGCAGAACAGGACUAUGAAAAGGAAAAGUUGAAUGAAAGAAUUGCCAAAUUAUCCGGGGGUGUCGCUGUUAUCCAGGUUGGGGCACAAACAGAAACAGAACUUAAAGAAAAGAAAUUGAGAGUAGAGGAUGCUUUAAAUGCAACAAAGGCGGCUGUUGCGGAAGGCAUUGUAGUAGGGGGUGGGUGCACUCUAUUGCGACUUGCUGCUAAGGUUGACAGUAUCAAAGACACCCUUGACAAUGAUGAACAGAAGGUUGGAGCAGAUAUUGUUAAGAGGGCACUUUGCUACCCCAUGAAGCUGAUUGCAAAGAAUGCUGGUGUUAAUGGAAGCGUGGUGAUUGAGAAGGUCCUAUCAAGUGACAAUCCCAAGUUUGGUUACAAUGCUGCAACUGGGAAAUAUGAGGAUUUGAUGGCUGCUGGUAUUAUUGAUCCCACAAAGGUGGUGAGAUGCUGCUUGGAGCAUGCAUCAUCAGUUGCAAAGACCUUCCUGACAUCAGAUGCCGUGGUUGUGGAGAUCAAGGAGCCUGAACCCAUGCCUGCUGGGAACCCCAUGGACAACUCAGGUUAUGGUUACUGAGGUGCGUCAGUUAGCAAGUAGAACCUCAACCCGUGGCAGUUCUUUGCAUGCUUACAGCCAAACAAAGGUGUGCAACCAGGAUGAGAAAUAUUGCUUCAACCACCUCUCUUUCCAUUAGCUCAUUUACAAGUUGUAACAGGCUGAAUCUGCUAGUUGAAAUCCCUUUCUUGUUAUAUUUAGAGGUGGUUGGGUAGAUUUAAAUUUUGGCGGAAAUGGUUUCUAGAGUCGACAUUUGUAUUUAAAAUUUUACUCGCACCAAUAAGAAAGUGUCAUUUGUAGCAUUGUGUAUGAUGGUGUAGAUUUCCUGUCAGUUUAUCUAAAGCUCAACAUGCCUUGUAGGUCCAAAUGGGCGAGCCCAAUAAUCAACAAUUUAAUGUGUUCAUUUAAA